UAAAUGAAUUAAAAUGCAACGUUUUGGGGGUCAAAGUUCACUUCGUUGCACUUGACCUGCAAAACUGGCUAAAGGAAACGGUACGAUUGCGUGUAAGCAUGAUGAUACUUGAUCGGUUGAUUUAGCUAGCUACUUUGCAUGUAAUUUGAUGUCGUUUAAUAUAGCUACACGUGACAAUAAUGUUACAAUAUUUCAAGUAAUGAUCUAAUUUCACCAGUUACUCUGCAACGUUUUUUGAACCGUGUGACUCUGUCGGGUGAAAGGUCAAGCGGCCAUCUUUGAAGAGAUCCAGAUAUUUUUAGAGAGCCAGCUGGCUAACAAAGUAAGGGUAUAGCUACAUGUAUGUGUAUUGAAACGGCACAUUUACUAGAUUAUGAAUAGAUGUAUUGGUAAUGAACUUGCAUCUAGUAUCUAGAGUAGCUAGAGAGCAAACAAAGCCAGUGGAUAGGUUAGCUAACUCGCUAGGCUACCUAGCUAGGACUUUCUUGCUGGCUAUUUGUAAACAGAUAGAUAGCUAGCGAGCUAAACACGUUUACUAGAUUGCAAACUCAUCAAUGUAAAGGCAAUUGCAUAAUCUAACCCGUUUUUGUAGGUAGCUAAAUUAAGGAAGAGAAGCAUGGACAAACAUACGAUUGGUUAGCUAACGUUAGGGUGUUUCAUGCGUAACGUUAGCAGGUUGCAUGGCUAACUGGCUGCAACUUUGUUUUUGAUGACAUUGCUAGUUUCCUCAGUUAACAUCCGAGAAACAGUUGUGGGGUGAGGCAUAUCAAAGAGAGUCCUCUCUGGGCACAUCAUGUCAUCUUUUUCCGAGUCUGCGUUGGAGAAGAAGCUUUCGGAGCUCAGCAACUCUCAGCAGAGCGUUCAGACGCUGUCUCUGUGGAUCAUUCAUCAUCGCAAACACUCGUCGCUCAUCGUCAAAGUAUGGCACAGAGAACUGAAGAAAGGUGAGAGAACCUAUGAACGUUGCCACCUCGACAAUAUUUACACACUGAAACGUUGAUAUGUCACUUGAAGAAUGCCAGACACUGUUAUUUACUUUGUCUACUUUCUGUAUUUGUCUUUCAGCAAAAAGCAGCAGGAAGUUGACUUUCCUUUAUCUUGCCAAUGAUGUGAUACAAAACAGCAAGAAGAAAGGUCCAGAGUUCGCCAAAGACUUUGAGACUGUCCUUGUUGAUGCUUGCUCUCAUGUUGCAAGGUAUGUGGUCUGGGAUGAUACAGUUUCAGAGCUAAACUUUUCUCUAACACUGAACUGUUCCGUUGUAUGAUUUUUAAGGCAGUAGUCAAGAGACUUGUGCUGCAGGCCUAUGUUUUAGUAUACCAUGUUUGCACUGGAGGGUUGGCCUAGCUACAUCAGUAAGACAUUAACCUGCUUCAAAACAUUGGUAAAUGGAGUACACUGCUACAGCAGUAUAACAAGACAAGAGGAUCAAAUAAGUUAUUCAGUUGCUCGGCUAGGAAGAGUUGAAUUUCAUGAUGAAUCAGUCUCUUUCUCUCCCUCCCUCAGAGAGGCUGAUGAUGGUUGUAGAAGGCCCAUGGACAGGCUGCUCACUAUCUGGCAGGAGCGCAGCCUCUACAAGGUAGAGUUCAUCCAACAGCUGAAGCUCGCCAUCGAAGACUCUAACAGCCCCCAACACCAACCCACAGGUACAGUCAGUCCCCUAGGUCUUCACUGAUGUAGCAGUUCAGCUUUACUAAAUUACUUACUGGUGACAGCUUGUUUCCUAUUCCUAUUUGGAUGUCAGCAUUCCCACGCAACAUCAACUUCCAAUUGGUUGUUUUUGUAUGAAUCUGUGGUAUGUUUUGCAGAAGCGAAGAAGGCCCCUAAACGGACCUAUCAGAAAAUCCAGGAGCUGGAAGAAGAGGAAGAAGAUGAUGACUACAGGGGCCACAUGUCCCCACGAGAUUCAGACAUCUCAGGGCCACAGCUGGUAAACAGAAUUAACACAACUCCAUGUCUUUAGCCCAUUCACCAGUACUUUGCUUAUUACACUGCAAUGUUUGACAGCGUUUCACACCAGUUGAAAUUAUCUCCCAACUCUCCACUAGGUGUCAGUGAUCCAUAGAUGUCCCAUGGACUCAUGAUUUGGAAAAUUCUUGUUUUGGUACUUUGGUUGUGAAUUGUUGUGUUUAGAAACAUUAUCCAGCUUGAAAAUUGGAGAUUUAUACCCAGAACUUUGUUAUUCACACUCCUCUCCCCUCAGACAGAGGAGCUGGUCAAAGCCCUGCAGGACCUGGAGAAUGCGGCCUCGGGUGAUGCUGCUGUGCGCCAGAAGAUUGCCUCUCUGCCACAGGAGGUGCAGGAUGUGUCCCUGCUAGAGAAGAUCACUGGUAAGUCCUGAGGGAGUCUUCAUGGUAUCUAGAGCACAGGUGAACUUUUGACCCCACCUAUCUCCAAACUCAAUGUGUAUUGUAGGCCUAGUCCAGUCUGCUACAAGGGAUUAUUUUUUCAAACUUACAUUUGGUGAAUUAAAUAGUUUCGAUAUUGUGGUUUUACAUUUACAUCAUUUAGCAGACGCUCUUAUCCAGAGCGAUUUACAAAUUGGUGCAUUCAACUUAUGAUAGCCAGUGGGACAACCACCUUUUUUAUUUUUAUGGGGGGUGGGGGAAGAAGGAUUACUUUAUACUAUUCCAGGUAUUCCUUAAAGAGGUAGGGUUUCAAGUGUCUCCGGAAGGUGGUCAGUGACUCCGCUGUCGUGGGGGAGCUUGUUCCACCAUUGGGGUGCCAGAGCAGCGAAUAGCUUUGACUGGGCUGAGCGGGAACUGUGCUUCCGUAGAGGUAGGGGAGCUAGCAGGCCAGAGGUGGAUGAACGUAGUGCCCUCGUUUGGGUGUAGGGUCUGAUCAGAGCCUGAAGGUAAGGAGGUGCUGUUCCCCUCACAGCUUCGUAGGCAAGCACCAUGGUCUUGUAGUAGAUGCGAGCCUCAGUAAAUAGUCCGGGUGGCCAUUUAAUUAAUUGUUCAGCAGUCUUAUGGCUUGGGGGUAGAAGCUGUUAAGGGGCCUUUUGGUCCUAGACUUGGUGCUCCGGUACCGCUUGCCGUGCGGUAGCAGAGAGAACAGUCUAUGACUUGGGUCUGGAGACUUGUAAAAUUUUUUGAGCUUUCCUCUGACACCGCCUAGUAUAUAGGUCCUGGAUGGCAGGAAGCUUGGCCCCAGUGAUGUACUGGGCCGUGCGCACUACCCUCUAGCGCCUUACGGUCAGAUGCAGAGCAGUUGCCAUACCAGGCGGUGAUGCAACCGGUCAGGAUACUCUCGAUGGUGCAGCUGUAAAACUUUUUGAGGAUCUGGGGACCCAUGCCUAAUCUUUUCAGUGUCCUGAGGGGGAGAAGGUGUUGUCGUGCCCUCUUCACGACUGUCUUGGUGUGUUUGGACGAUGAUAGUUCGUUGGUGAUGUGGACACCAAGGAACUUGAAACUCUUGACCCGCUCCACUACAGCCCUGUCAAUGUUAAUGGGGGCCUGUCGGGCAGCUUUUUCCUGUAGUCCACGAUCAGCUCCUUUGUCUUGCUCACAUUGAGGGAGAGGUUGUUGUCCUGGCACCACACUGCCAGGUCUCUGACCUCCCUAUAGGUAGUCUCAUCGUUGUCGGUGAUCAGGCCUACCACUGUUAUGUCAUCAGCAAACGUAAUGAUGGUAUUGGAGUCGUGUUUGGCCACGCAGUCGUAGGUGAACAGGGAGUACAGGAGGGACUAAGCAUGCACCCCUGAGGGGUCCCAGUGUUGAGGAUCCGCGUGGCAGACGUGUUGUUGCCUACUCUUACCACCUGGGUGCGGCCCAUCAGGAAGUCCAGGAUCCAGUUGCAGAGGGAGGUGUUUAGUCCCAGGGUCCUUAGCUUAGUGAUGAGCUUUGUGGGAACUGGUAUUGAACACUGAGCUGUAGUCAAUGAACAGCAUUCUCACAUAGGUGUUCCUUUUGUCCAGGUGGGAAAGGGCAGUGUGGAGUGCGAUUGAGAUUGCGUCAUCUGUGGAUCUGUUGGGGCGGUAUGCGAAUUGUAGUGGGUCUAGGGUUUCUGGGAUAAUGGUGUUGAUGUGAGCCAUGACCAGCCUUUCAAAGCACAUCAUGGCUACCGAUGUGAGUGCUACGGGGCGGCAAUCAUUUAGGCAGGUUACCUUCGCUUCCUUGGGCACAGGGACUAUGGUUGUCUGCUUGAAACAUGUAGGAAUUACAGACUCGUCAGGGAGAGGUUGAAAAUGUCAGUGAAGACACUUACCAGUUGGUCAGCGCAUGCUUUGAGUACACGUUCUAGUAAUCUGUCUGGCCCGCAGCUUUGUGAAUGUUGACCUGUUUAAAGGUCUUGCUCACAUCUGCUACCGAGAGCGUUAUCACACAGUCGUCUGGAACAGCUGGUGCUCUCAUGCAUGUUUCAGUGUUGCUUGCCUCGAAGCGAGCAUAAAAGGCAUUUAGCUCAUCUGGUAGGCUCGUGUCACUGGGCAGCUCGCGGCUGGGUUUCCCUUUGUAGUCAGUAAUAGUUUUCAAGCCCUGCCACAUCCGAAGAGCGUCAGAGCCAGUGUAGUAGGAUUCAAUCUUAAUCCUGUAUUGACGCUUUGCCUGUUUAAUGGUUCGUCUGAGGGCGUAGUGGGAUUUCUUAUAAGUGUCCAAAUUAGUGUCCCGCUCCUUGAAAGCGGCAGCUCUAGUCUUUAGCUCGAUGCGGAUGUUGCCUGUAAUCCAUGGCUUCUGGUUGGGAUAUGUACGUACGGUCAUUGUGGGUACGACGUCGAUGAUGCACUUAUUGAUGAAGCCGAUGACUGAGGUGCUAUACUCCUCAAUGCCAUUGAAUCAAUCCCGGAACAUAUUCCAGUCUGUGCUAGCAAAACAGUCCUGUAGCAUAACAUCCGCGUCAUCUGACCACUUCCAUAUUGAGCGAGUCACUGGUACUUCCUGCUUUAGUUUUUGCUUGUAAGCAGGAAUCAGGAGGAUAGAAUUAUGGUCAGAUUUGCCAAAUGGAGGGAGAGCUUUGUAUGCAUCUGUGUGUGGAGUAAAGCUGGUCUAGAGUUUAUUUGUAUUUUUUUCUCUGGUUGCACAUGUGACAUCCUGGUAGAAAUGAGGUAAAACGGAUUUAAGUUUGCCUGCUUCUGGAUGAGCAUUUUCUUGUUUGCUUAUAGCCUUAUACAGCUCGUUGAGUACGGUCUUAGUGCCAGCAUCGGUUUGUGGUGGUAAAUAGACAGCUACGAAUAAUAUAGAUGAAAACUCUCUUGGUAGAUAGUGUGGUCUACAGCUUAUCAUAAGUUACUCUACCUCAGGCGUGCAAUACCACGAGACUUCUUUAAUAUUAGACAUCGCGCAUCAGCUGUUAUUGACACACACCCCCGCCCCUCGUCUUACCAGACUUAACUUCUCUGUCCUGCCGAUGCACGGAAAAUCCCGCCAGCUCUGUAUUAUCCGUGUCAUGGAUCAGCGACGACUUGGUGAAACAUAAGAUAUUACAGUUUUAAUGUCCUGUUGGUAGGAUAUUCUUGAUCGUAGAUCAUCAAUUUUGUUUUCCAAUGAUUGCACGUUGGCAAAUAGAACAGAUGGUAGUGGAGGUUUACUCACUCGCCUACGAAUUCUCAGAAGGCAGCCCGACCUCCGCCCCCUUUUUCUCCAUCUUUUCUUCAUGCAAGUAACGGGGAUUUGGGCCUGUUCCCGAGAAAGCAGUAUAUCCUCCACGUCGGACUCGUUAAAGAAAAAAUCUUUGUCCAGUUCGAGGUGAGUAAUCGCUGUUCUGAUGUCCAGAAGUUAUUUUCGGUCAUAAGAGACGGUAGCAGCAACAUUAUGUACACAAUAAGUGAAAAAAAACAACAAAAAAACAGUUACUAACUAUGCGGAAAAACUAACAAAAUAGUGAAGUUGGUUAGGAGCCCGUAAAACGGCAGCCAUCCCCUCCGGCGCCAUUACAAAUAAGGCAACAUUCCACCUUAUUUGACUUGACUCUGACCCUGUCCCUAUAGAUAAGGAGGCAGCUGAUAAACUGUCCAAGACGGUGGACGAGGCCUGUCUACUGCUGGCUGAGUAUAACGGACGUCUGGCUGCUGAGCUGGAGGACAGGAGGCAGCUGGCGCGCAUGCUGACAGAGUACAUCGGUAGCCAGAAGGACGCCCUCACCGAGAGGGAGAAGAAACUGGAGGCAUGUCUAAACCAUCUAAAUCUCUUGUUACAAACAAAUAAUAAUAAUAAUAAUAAUAAUAUGCCAUUUAGCAGACGCUUUUAUCCAAAGCGACUUACAGUCAUGCGUGCAUACAUUUUUUUUGUGUAUGGGUGGUCCCGGGGAUCGAACCCACUACCUUGGCGUUACAAGCGCCGUGCUCUACCAGCUGAGCUACAGAGGACCACGAUAAACAACAAAUUAAUAAAAAACAUAUUUAUGUUCCCAUUUAUCGAAUUACAGCAGCUUUGUAAUUUACUUUGCUUGUUUAGAAGAAGUAUGCAGUGAACCCAUCUGAACUGUGCACCAUCUGACAUCAGUACCGUUAUUUGUAUUGCAGGAGUACAAACAGAAGCUGGCACGGGUCACCCAGGUGCGCAAAGACCUCAAGUCCCACAUCCAGAGCCUGCCUGACCUCUCUCUGCUGCCCAAUGUGACGGGAGGUCUGGCCCCUCUACCCUCUGCUGGAGACCUAUUCUCCGCCGACUGA